AUGAACUUACCAUUCGUCCCUCUGAUCAAUUAUGCCAGGAAUAUCAAAGGCUUCAUGGUGCAGACUGGAGACCCAACGGGAACCGGUAAAGGGGGAAAUUCGAUUUGGGGAACGAAGUUUGCGGACGAAAUCAAAUCGUCUUUGAAGCACAACACGAGGGGCAUCGUAUCCAUGGCCAACAGCGGCCCGGAUACUAAUGGGUCUCAAUUUUUCAUUACCUACGCUAAAUUACCCCACCUGGAUACAAAAUACACAGUGUUCGGAAAGGUCAUCGACGGCACAGAUACAACUCUUGAUGCUAUCGAGAAAAUACCCGUUGACGAAAAGAAUAGACCCAUCCAGGAGAUUCGAAUUAAAUCUGUGACCAUUCACGCAAAUCCAUUGGCCGAACGUGACUAA